AGCUUUGUUCUACGAAUACAACGCAAAUACGAUUAUUAAUAUGGAUUCGCAGGGCUAUGAGAAUGCACGUAACAUGACGCUGCUCUUUUUCCUUGAGCGUCUCAUGGACAAGGGCGAGGCGCGCACCGUACAUGAUUUGUCCUGUCAAUUUGGUAAUAAGGAGUUCACCAAGGAGAUGCGUCAAAUUGCUGGCGGUAGCCAAUCGGGUUUGAAGAAGCUGCUUGCUCAGCAUCCAUCAAUAUUCGUUGUGGACGGUGACUAUGUGAAGGUGAAUACUUACCAGCACGCUUCGGAGGACGAUGGUAGCUAUGGCGGACGACGUGAUUACAUUAAAGAGGCUAAAGACUAUUUUAAAAAUAAAAUGCUACAGUAUGGUAUUGGCGUAGAGGUGCCGGUGCGCAGCUUAUUGGGUCAUCGUUCGCAGGCGUCACCGCAGGUGCGGCAUAUUUCAGGUCAACAUAUAAAAGAGUUCACUGAGUUUCUACAGAAGCAUACUGAUACCUUCAAGGUGAUCGAUGAUCAUGUGAUGCUUGUUGGCUGCGAUGAUAUGACGGACUUGCCGGCGCAAGAUCGUCUGCAUUUGCCACAGAGCAAUAUUGAUACGAAAGCCACCCAGCAGAUGGUGGAUUUCUUUGCGCAAUGCAUUGAGACGAAGGGUCCGAUUUUGGUGGAUCAAUUAUUUCAUUUAUUGACAGCACGCUUCCCCCAGGAGCAGUGGUUGCGCAUGUUCAAAACACCCAACGAUCUCUCGACCUUCCUCAAGCUCUUUUCUGAUUGUUUCCACAUACAAGCCAAUCUAGUCACGUUGUUGCAGAAGCCCAAGUUGAGUGAUUCAUAUAUCCAGCAGGCGCAGGCGCGUACGCGCGAGCAAUAUAAUUCGAUGAACAACAACAUCAACAAUAUGGCAUUGAAGAAUCAAUCACCACCACCGGCGGCGCAACCAGCCCUCAGCGCUGUACAGCAACGUUUGCAAUCGCCGGCGUUGCGUAAUUUUGCCAACAACAAUACCAUCAGCACUUCAUCGCCACAAAGUGCACAUGUGAAUAACAUGAGCAGCAGCAACAACAACAAUUGCAGCAUUACAUCACCAAAUUUUAAGCUAAAUGCGCCUGUAUCCAAUAUGUCUAGUCCGGUGGUAGCGCCAACCGAUAAUGCGUCACAAACACGAUCAGAACCCAAUUCAGGCUUCGAUAGUUUCAUACAAAUGUCGGACGUUCACCUGGACAACCUUUGCGAUCGCAAUUGCCCAAGCCCGAAUACUUGUUCUUCAUACGGCCCGCCCGGCAACAAUAAUCCACCUCUUUUGGGUGGUCAAAAUAAUCUGAAUUCAUUGCAAAAUUCCGCCAUAUCGACACAAGCGAACACAGAACGCCCGAACAGUCUCAAUCAGACACUGAAGCAACGCGUGAACAACUUGGUUAUACGUACUCUAGCCGAGAACUACGAAAAAGACAAGCAGUCACUGGCCAACCAGGUGGGUGGUGCAUCUGCCGGCUACAAUCCACAGAACUCAUCCUCCCAUUCAAGUCCCGUGCAUUCCAAUAGCAUCAAUGUCGCGAGCACAGCUGGUGGCAGCACAAACGCGAGUUCAAACUCGACAGCUGCCGUCAACGCGAACAACACAUCACAUUCACCUAGUCAUAAUUAUUUUGUUGGCGAUACCUGGAGGCUUAAGGUAAUGCAGAAUACCACAGUGAUUAACACAGUGCACCGCUCCCUGUUCGUCACCGAGGCGAUGUUGAAGUUUGCGCAGCAGAAUAAUCAGAGCAUAGUCAUAUCGCUGGACUGCGAAGGCAUUAAUUUGGGUUUGAAGGGCGAAAUCACGCUCAUUGAAAUCGGCACCACACGUGGCGAAGCAUUCAUUUUCGAUGUGCGCACAUGUCCUGAGAUAAUCAGCGAUGGUGGCCUGAAGACGUUGUUGGAGCAUGAAAAUGUCAUCAAGGUCAUACACGACUGCCGCAAUGAUGCAGCGAAUUUGUAUUUGCAGUUUGGCAUACUUUUACGGAAUGUAUUCGAUACGCAGGCCGCAUAUGCCAUCAUACAGUAUCAGGAGACGGGUAAACAAGUUUACAAAGCGAAAUACAUUUCACUGAAUACACUAUGCGAACAGUAUAAUGCCCCCAUCAAUCCGAUUAAGGAGCAACUCAAGCAGAUUUACCGUCGCGAUCAAAAAUAUUGGGCCAAGCGGCCAUUAUCGCGUGAUAUGCUGCUCUAUGCGGCCGGUGAUGUGCUUGUCUUAAUCAACGAUCAGCUCUACGGUAAUCUAGCGAGACAAAUAAAACCAGAGAAUCGUCAGCUUUUCUCUGAGCUUUGCACUGAACAAAUACUCAUACAAAUCAAACCCAAUGAGGUGAAGACACGCAAGAAGCAGCGCAAGGUGACCACUGAGGUGACUGACCUCAAACAGAAACUAGAGCAGUCAAACAAGAGUAUCGUGCUGUCGAAUCGUGAAAUUCGCUUGUUGCGCUACAUGGACUUGACCGAGGAAGAGAAGGACCGUCUGAAGCGCAAUAACAAUAAAGUAGCAAAGAAGUUUGAAAAAAUGGAAUCGGCUGGUAACCAAACUAGGGAUCAAAGUGAUUCUGAGGAUGAACAAGAACCCACUGAAAACGAUAACUUUCCAAGUCUCGACUCAGUGCCAUCAGACAAUUCAUUAACCGGCACAUUUUCGCCACGCUUCAACUCUGAGCCACCCAGUUUGGCCGAGUCUAUGCAAAUGAUGGAUGAAAUCUUAGCAGAUCAAUCCAUGGAUCGAGUGGUGAAAUUGGAUAAGCUGGAAGCGAUAUUGUCGGCCGUUACACAAAUGCCAAAUGAUCAAAUUAUAACUUCCAACACAAUGCAGGAUCAAUUGAGCUCAAACAUAUCCGCCACUGAUAAUGUACAAGUUGUACGUGAGAAGACCAAAAACGCUAAGAAUUGCAAUUGUAACUGCGAACGCAGUAGUACACCAACCAUACGUCUGGUUAACAAUGAAAAGAAGGCUGUGAAAUCGAUCGACUCAGCAUCGCAAACACUUAGUACUGGCGAUAUUGUCAUAACAAAGAUUUUCUUCCAAGAUGAGCAGGGAAAACCUAAGGAGAAGGUGCUAACCUCAUCGCCAAAACGCAUUGGCGGGCCAUCCACGAUAGCGUCAACGACAUCUUGAAUGAACCACAAUAAUGAUAGAGCGAACUGAGCUGCGAAUUCUUUGUUCUAAAUUAAUUUCCAAGCAAACGUAAACGUGGCAGCUAUGAACUCGUAAUUAAAUAAGAAGCGAUUAUGUUGGGCAAUAAUCAAGCAAACAUAUCGAAAUUAAAGUAGUCACCUACAUUCAUGCAUACAUACAUAAAUGUAUACCCGCAAUAUAUAUGUACAUACAUAGAAUUAUAUGCAUUAUUUAAGUGCUAAUCGUAAAUUGUUGCAAAUCUACAGCUACUUAUUUUUAUGUACUUUUAUUUCAAUUUUUAUAUUACUUGUAAUUUCUUAUACUAAAUGUUACUUUUCUUUUUUGCUUUUUAAUUUCUUUUUUAUUCAUUCAAUUUGCCCAUUAUUUUGCACCAUUCACAUAUGUACAUAUGUGUUAUAUAUAGUAGCUUAAGAUUUCUUUCAAAAAGAGUAUCAACGGUGGAGCUUUUCUAAAUGCAUCAAAAUUAGUUGCACAUAUGUAAAUUAAUAGUUCUAAGUGCCUGUAUGUAUUGUGGCGCAGAUACCGCAAGUUCCCUUUUUUACGAUUUACUAAAGAAAAAUUAAAAACAAAAAAAUUAUUUAAAAUAUAAAAAAAGACUAGAAAACAAAAGAAUGCUAAGAUAAAUCGAAGGGGUAUUGUACUUUAUGUACAUAUAAUUAAACAUGUAUUAACGAAUUUUUUAUGAACGAAGUACACAAAAGUUUUUUAUGUGUGGAGAAGUACUGGUAUCAAAGAGGAAAGGUAAGACACCUCUGUGGAAAGUGUAUAAUUAUAAUUUUAGCCAUCUCUAAAUCUCUCUUCUCAUAGCUAAGUGCAUGAGAAUCUGAUGUUGAUGUUGGGGAUGUGGCAGCGCAUGAACUAAAGUGGGACAAAAGAACUUCACGUAAAGUUGAUGUCAUAAAAAUGUAUAAGAUUGUCAAAGAAAGCGAGAAAAUUACACGUUUCAGUCCAUAAUUAACAGGAAUAACUUUCAAACAACAUAUCGAUGGAUAAUGUACAAUACUCAGUGUUUGCAAUUUUCACAAAUUGGCUGACGUAAAAACAUACUUGACUGGCAUUAAUUAUUUUUUGCGACGCUCUUCUAUUGCUAGUUUUCUUAUCCAAAAAAAAAAAA